GUUUAGAAAAUAAAAACUUGACUUGUUCUUUGUUGCUUUGUUGUCAUUGUCCUAAGAUCACAUCAUAUGGAGCUUUCUUGGCGCCCACCAAUCAUGCUUCAUUCAAUAGCGUUAUAUUUGACUUUUAAGCUUAGUUAAUGCCAUUUGUUUCGUUGGAACAACCCAAUUCUUUUUGAGUGUGGAAACAAGUUUCCUCUUUUUUCUUUUUUUUUUUUUGGAAAGAAUAUAUAAAUUUACGAGCAAUGUUGUGUAAUGGCCUUCCACCCAUUAACAUAGCUCCUUUAAGAAAUGCUUCUUUUUCUCCUCUUGCUCUGUUUACUCUGUUUCCUCUGUUUGUUCAGCCCUGCAUCCACCUCUGAACUCUGUUUCCACUCCAGCUGCAAUGGUGAUUUUCAAACCAUUCAAUUCCCUUUCAGAAUUGAAAACCAACAGCCCAAAUCAUGCGGGUAUCCAGGCUUUGAUUUGACCUGCCCCUCCACAGGUCAACCACUCCUCCAUCUUCCUUCUUCAGGGGAUUUCACUGUUCAGUACAUAGAUUACGAGAACCAAGAAAUUUUGGUCAAUGAUCCAAACAAAUGUCUUCCCCGAAAGAUUCUGUCUCUCGAGCUUUCUGGGUCGCCGUUUCAUGCCACAAAUAGUGAAGAUUUCACCUUCUUUAAUUGUUCGUGGAGUGAUCCAAUCCCAUCUGAGUUUAACUUGAAUCCAAUAUAUUGCCUCAGUGGGUUGUCGUAUGCAGUUUUCGCAUCACCUUCUUCAUUUGUAAAUGAGAUUUUGUCGUCGAGUUGUGUUGCGAUGAAGACUGUAUCGGUGCCGUAUUCAUGGUCGUUUUCGGCGGAUUUGACGAAUGAUCUUCGAUUGGGGUGGAAAAAGCCUAAUUGUAGAAGGUGCGAGUCACAGGGUGGAAUAUGUGGCCUCGCACCCAAUUCUACCGAUCAAAUCCAAUGCAAACACAGUGCUCAACCUCGACAUGGGAUCCCGAGAGGUGCUCGCUAUGCUGUAUCCAUAGGAGUGGGAGUCCCAGUGAGCAUGUGCAUUUUGGGCUUCUUAUGUUGCUUUUGUGCUCGAGUCGGAUCCUACUCGAGAGGCCGAAACUCGAGCAUUGAGGCCCAUUGGGUCAUCUCUUCUCGGCCCACUUUAAUGGGCCUAGAUGAGCCCACUAUCGACUCCUAUCCAAAAAUUGAAUUGGGCGAAAGCCUGCGUCUACCGAAGCCCAAUGACAAUAUUUGCGCAAUUUGCCUGUCGGAAUAUCGGCCCAAAGAGACUGUGAAGAGUAUACCCCAAUGUCAACAUUUCUUCCAUCAAGAUUGUAUUCAUGAAUGGCUGCGAUUGAAUCCCUCCUGCCCUGUUUGUAGAAUGCCUCCCGUCAAAUCUCCGCCGUCCGAUUCUUCCCUCUAACACCGUCCGUUGUAAAUACUUCAGAUUUUCUUUUUCUUUUUUUUUUUCCUUUUUCUUUAAGGCUAAAACUUAGCUUUUCUAAAGACCUACAAAGUGAUGUAUUAUGGGUCUUUGGAAUUUUUUGUAUUCU